AUGUGGCAUCUCGAGCCAACGUUGACCAUAUUGACCUUGCCACAACACCAGAUGGUGGUCUGCCUCGACAUUGAAGCGGCAUUAGCUCCACAUGUCCAUACUCAUCUGCCGACCACUUGUAAAUGGGUCAAGGUUGAGAUUAUCAGCCGAAAGGACCACGGAACCUACCGUACCAGAUGGUGCCCCAGUUGCCCCGAGGCGGAGAUCCUGAGCCAGAUUCAAGCCUUCAUUCAAAUCGAUUCAACAAUGAUCAGGUGCAGCGGGGGGACCUACUUAAUGGGAAUGGAUAUUGAUAUCCUUGGUCUAACCUAUGAACAGACAGCACAAGGGGCAGCUCUUCUGCGUUUGGUGGUGGGAGCUCGGGGGAUAACUCCGCAGAAGAUUCGCCUCGAGAUGCUCCACAAGACUGACGGGUGGGUUAACUAUGUUUUGUUAGGAAUACUCUUGGCAAUCAUAGCAAUCCUCGUUGGAGUCACCAAGGGGCUUCCUCACGAUGGGGCUUCAGACGCUCUAUACGGAUUAAUGGGGAAUCUGUUUGCCGGUGCGUUACAGUUCACUAUAGGGAGAGCUGCAGCUAUGAGGUUGCAGCGGGAGGCGUUAUUAAAUGCACUACAUACCCAACUUUACAACCGUCAGGCCCUGAUCCUAUUCUGGGAUCGCAUCGGCCAAUCCGAGGCAUGGAAACAUCACGGUGUUGAGCAAAAUUAUACCAAAAUCGACGACGACCCCCGGUACGGGGCAGUAACAAAUCCCUACGACGUCUCCGACGACGAGGAGACACCCGCCGCCGACGCCCGCGCUGCACCAGUAGCCCGCGCUGCGCUAGUAGCACUAAUCGGCCGUGGAGGUGGAGGGGGGGUCGAUGUCGAAUCCGACAUCGACCUCGACGUCUCUGACGAUUGUGAAGAGGGGGAGGAGAACGGAGAGGGGGAGGAGGAAUAA